CCCAACAAAGAACGAACAAGAAACAAAGUCACCCCUUCGAAUGAAAGAAAGAAACUUCAUACGGAGUACUUCAACAUCUCCCUCUUGACUCCCCUCCUCUUCAAAUAUGACCGUGAAAUCCAACUGUCAUGAUACUCUGGAACAGCCCCAAGCAUACAAGCGGAGAAGAACACGUUCUCCCCCUACCGAUCAACCUGAAGCUGGAAUAAUGGCAGACAAUGCAACAGCUGAUGAAGAUGCACAGACACAACGCAAACUAAAAGAGCUCAACGAAUCUACAAUCAGUGACCUGGAAAAAAUUGUAAACGAUGAUCCGACCGUAGAUCUCUGGCUGUCCCUACGAGAAGCAAGCCGAAAAUACAAAACCGAGCGUGCCAACAUAGUGGAACCACCUGCACCCAUUGAUGCGGUGCCCGACGAAACAGCUUCUUCAGAAGUGGAAAAAAAUCGCCACAUCGCCCUUCCAAAACACAUUUAUCCUCCCGAGGAGGGCGACGUUUCCAUUCUGUGGCCUCUGGCAACUAGCCUCGCCGAGCUACUUCAAAUUUCUUCCGCAUCUGCAGACACGACAAAGGAAGAAAGAAGGGCCAAAUCAAAGGAAGAAACUUCCCAACGUGGUGAGGACAAACAGAUCACCAUUUCACGUGCUGCGCUCUCAGAUCUUCUGAAACGCGGCGAAGUACUUUCUCAGGUGCUUCAACGGGCCGUUGUUCGGAUCGCACCAGACAUUGUGGUCAAGGUUUGCCGCGGCACCGAUGUCACUGAGGCGGCGAACCUCGCACACAUUCAUGCUUGUACUUCGCAAACGGAUAAGAUAAUAUCGGUUCCUGAAACUCUGGGAAUGAUUCAAAUCGGGAAACGGUCGUAUCUGUUCACUACGUUUGUUCCUGGCGUACCUCUCGAUCGCGUCUGGGCAAAUCUGACAUUGGCCAAAAAGGAGCAUAUCCAGCAACAGCUCAACUCCUUUUUUCUUGAGCUCAGAUCUCUUCCACUUCCUUCAAAAGACGGUUUUCUGGGAAGCGGAGAUGAUCCAUCCUCGUUUCAUUGUCAAGAUAGGCGACGCUGGCUGCGGACAAGCGCUGGUCCUAUAGUCAAUGAAGCCCAAUUCAACGACUUUCUUUUGACCGAGGCUCACGCUCAUCCGACACUCGUGGAGCUUAUACGUUCGUGUCUUCCCGAGAAUCAUCUGAUUGUGAUGACGCAUGGGGAUUUGCAUCCAAGAAACCUCAUUGUGAAUAAUGAAGAGGAUGUAAGAAUAUCUGGCAUAAUUGAUUGGGAGUCUGGCGGCGGAUAUCCGGAAUACUGGGAAUACGUAAAGGCUUUUCACAUGGCGUUGUUAAGUAAAGAUAAAGAUUGGCAUCUAUUUCUUCCAGAGACCGGCAUUGGUACGUUCAAGGAGGAAUAUGUAAGAGACCGCUCCAUUGACAGGGCGGUGAAUUGAAUAUAACAUAAUGAUUGGGCUCCCUUAUUUUGGCGUCACAGUUGUCAAAACAAAUUGGUACCUGGUCUGUCCAUUCUCUUGGUUCCUGAAACUUGUCACGCCCAAUGCUGACAUCGUUGCUUAAGGUGAAUAUUGCGAGAGAAAGUCUUUCAUUCUUAUCUCUAAGAUCUUAGACAUCACAAGCUUUCCUGCAUUUCUCGUUCGUCUGCUAUGGGAGCAUGAGCCAGCUACGGAGACCUCCGUCACUGGACCCGGCUCUAAACAUUUGUUUCCGAAUUUAUCUCUCUCCUUAUCAUCUCGAGUCAUCCAG